AUGAGGUCCUGAGGUGCAGGUCCGUUCUAUUGUCCAUCAGUCCCAUGCAGACCAUCACCAUGUGUUGCACGUGAUCUGACAGCAACACUGGAACGCUUGAUGGCAUUUUGUUCCUUCCGGUGCUCCUGAAGGCUCACAGAUUCACGGGGAGUAAUACAGAUGUUUCAGAGGUACCAGGAGGGGAAGGUCUGCUCUCCAGGGCAAGAUACAGGCUGUACUUCUAUCCUGGGUCAACACUUUCAUCUGUACUGGGGCACGUCCUGGCCGCCUGUACCACACCUUCUGGCCAGAUGUCUGUGGCUGCAUAACGAUAUCAGGCACCAAAGGAGGCGUCCUGAUCUGCCACAGGGACACGAUGGGGGUCCCUUUAGCAAUGAAGACUGGAGUGCUGACCACAAUAUCAGUAGGCCAUGUGCCUAUUACUGGAGGGACUACUGAGCCUAGGUCGGCCACUAACUGGGCAGCCUGCUGGACCAUCGCUUCUGAGGCCACCAGGGGACUAAAUAUAGAGAUCAAAGUACCAUGCAGACGGGAGGGGGCUUGCUGUAGAAUUAAGUCUCUCAUUCCUGCUGAGAAUUUGCCCAUAUCAAGACCAUCAAAUGUGUCUUCAUAAAUUGCUUUCCUUAUGCCCAGUUCACGGAUAUAAUUUUGAAGGUCCUCCAUGGAGGACACACAUCCCUGUAUGUAGAGGUGUAUCAGAUUUAUCCGCCAUACCAUACGGCAGGUCACCAUUAACCAUUCUAUUAUAGAAUGGUUUUUAUUAAGAUAUUGAACACCCACAUAUAACCUCUGCCUGAGGGCAGGAUGGUCAGUCAUGGUAGCCAACUUGGUACUUCCGGGCCAUUCACCAUAACAGUUUCUGCCCCAGACUCCCACAGUCUUAAUAACCAGGCUGGCACACUUCCUCUAGGCUUCUGCUGAAAUCACUGAACUACGGUGGAAGGAAGGGAUGCCAUUCAGAGGGACCUCGACAGGCUGGAAAGCUGGGCUCGGGUGAACCUGAUGAGGUUCAACACGGCAAAGUGCAAGGUUUUGCAUUUGGGCUGGAAGAACCCCAGGCACCUGUACAGGCUGGGAGGAGUGGUCCUUGAGAGCAGCUCGGCAGAGAAGGACCUGGGGGUCCUGAUGGACGAGAGACUGAACAUGAGCCAGCAGUGCGCUCUGGCAGCUCGAAAGGCAAAUGGGAUCCUGGGCUCCAUCAGGAGAGGGGUGGUCAGCAGGGACAGGGAGGUGAUUGUCCCUCUCUACUCGGCUCUUGUGAGGCCCCAUCUGGAGUACUGUGUCCAGGUGUGGAGCCCUCAGUACAAGAAAGACAUUGAGAUUUUGGAAAGGGUCCAGAGGAGGGCGACUAAGAUGAUCAGGGGGCUGGAGCACCUCCCCUAUGAGGACAGGCUGAGAGAGUUGGGCUUGAUCAGCCUGGAGAAGAGAAGGCUGCGGGGUGACCUCAUUGCAGCCUAUCAAUACCUGAAGGGAACCUACACCCAGGAGGGGAGUAAACUCUUCAAAAGGGCUGACAACAGCAGGACUAGGGGAAAUGGAUCCAAGUUGAAGGAGGGAAGAUUUAGGUUGGAUGUUAGGGGGAAGUUCUUUACAAGGAGAGUGGUUAGGCCCUGGAACGGGCUGCCCAGGGAGGUUGUGGAUGCCCCGUCCUUGGACGUGUUCAAGGCCAGGUUGGACGGGGUCCUGGGCAACCUGAUCUGAAUGUGUAUGUUUGGUGGCCCUGCCAGGCAGGGGGGUUGGAACUACAUGAUCCUUGGGGUCCCUUCCAACCCGGGUGAUUCUGUGAUUCUGUUGCCGUGUAUGGUCGGGCUGUUGCACACAACUGAUCAGGUGGCACCCCAGCCAGUCUAUCCUGUAUUGUCUCAGUUUUCUGAGUUAUAACAGGACGGAUCUCUAGUGGAUCUCUUGCAAUCGGAGCGUCGAGAUCUGAUUUAGAAUUUCUAUUUUCCUGAUCAACAAAGUCAGUUGAUUCAGGAGUCUGGUCAUUGUCUACUGAACUGUUGCAAACUUGACCUACUGGAAGAUGCAGAAUUGGUUUCUUCCCUGUUAAUAUGCCAAGUUCUUGCUCUACCUUUUUGAUACGGUCUCUCAAAAGUUGGUUUUCAUUUUCUAAAGUAUUAUUCCUCAUUUCAGUGUGAUUUAAAGCAUUUAAUAGUGGUCAUGCCACUGUGGAGGCAGCUAAUUGUCAUUCUUUCGUGAUUAGUAGAUCUUUACUAAGUCCCUGAAAGUAGUCUGCCAUGCGAUAUGGGGAGAUAUUUCCGAUAACGCAUAGGGGACCCCACGGUUUGCCUCAGGUGGUCAAACAGAGGUACAGGCUGUGAUUCAGCAGUUCCCACACAGUGGUCAAACACUGGAACAAAUUAUCUACAGAGGCCAGACCGUAUACAGCUGAAGGGGCUGUUACACAGGAGCCCUGAGGGGCGCUCAAGGGGGCUGUGAGUGGCUGUUGUGGUUUUGUGAUUUUUGUUGAAGGUAUUCCACAUCAGGACAUCACGUGGACCAGUGGGAGAUAACGAGUUAACGUUCCGUUUCCUGCCUUCUGUGUGCUCUUUGAAUACCCUGAUGGGUGGGGAAGGGGCGGCA